AGUGGCUAGUGGCCCAACACGUCAUAUUUCCUUGUCUAUGAGGGUACAGCAUUUACCACAAACAAACCAUAAAUUAAUUGGAAGUUCACUUUUGUCACCAUAGCCAGCCAUCCCUCAUGGAUUUUCUUUCUCAUCCACUAGCCAUUGCAGGUCUUUUGGUCUUGGUUCUGUAUCUAUGGAGGGUGAGGAUCCAGAGCCACAAAAUCAAGGGCAUGUUGGCCCCACAACCAUCAGGUGCCUUGCCAAUCAUUGGCCACCUCCACAAGCUACGUGUUCCAGUUUUCAAAACCCUAGCAGCCAUGGCUGACAAGUAUGGCCCUAUCUUCACCAUAUGGCUUGGCAAGCACCCUGUACUUGUGAUCAGCAACUAUGAUGCAGUCAAGCAAUGCUUCACCAAAAACGACACAGUUUUUGCAACUAGACCAAGGUCGUCACACGGCAAGUACCUUGGCUACAACUAUGCAGGAUUUGGGUUCUCACCAUAUGGCCCAUACUGGCGUGACAUGAGAAAAAUGGUCAUGGUUGAGUUGCUCUCUAUCCGCAGGCUUCAGAAUUUAAAACAUGUCCAAAUUUCUGAGGUUGAUGCUUUCAUUAAAGGGCUGUUUUUGCUUUGCAAAACAGAAGGGCUCAAUGGUCUAAAUCCAACCAAGGUCGUGAUCAGUGAUUGGAUUGAGCACCUAACUUUGAAUGUAAUUACUAGAAUGAUUGCUGGGAAGAGAUAUUUUGAUAGCUCAGAUGAGGGAGACGAGCAAAGGUUUGGGAAAAUUGUGAAGGAGUUCAUGUAUGUGUCAGGAAAUCCAGUUGCUGCUGAUGUAAUUGGUUUUCCAAGUUGGAUUGAUUUUAAGGGGCAAGUUAAAGCUAUGAAGCGUAUUAUGAAGGAGUUAGAUUCUGUCAUGGGAAGUUGGGUUGAAGAACAUUAUGCAAAGAAAGAGACUAACUCAAGGGACGAGCAUGACUUCAUUGAUGUCAUGAUGUCUGUGAUUGAGGACAAUUCCACGCUUGGCUAUACGCGUGAAACGAUCAUCAAGGCAACAUCAAUGAAUCUUAUUCUAGCUGGUUCAGAAACCACAGCAAUCAACUUGAUAUGGAUCCUCUCUUUACUGUUAAACAAUAGGCAUGCUUUGAAGCUUGCCCAAGAAGAGCUAGACCUCAAAGUUGGCAGGGACAGAUGGAUUGAAGACACUGAUAUCGAAAACCUACCUUAUCUUCAAGCCAUUGUCAAAGAAACACUGCGCCUCUACCCACCAGGCCCACUCUCAGUGCCUCAUGAAGCAAUGCAAGACUGUCAAGUUUGUGGCUUUCACAUCCCCAAAGGCACCCGUUUGUUUGUGAAUCUGUGGAAAUUGCAUAGAGACCCAUGUUUGUGGCCAGACCCUGAAGUGUUCUGCCCAGAGAGAUUUCUCACAACCCAUGUAGGAAUUGAUGCCUCUGGUAAACAUUUUGAGUUCAUCCCAUUUGGGUCUGGAAGGAGGUCUUGUCCAGGUGCCACAUUUGCAUUGCAAGUUACCCAUUUGACACUUGGACGCUUGCUUCAAGGGUUUGAAUUGGCAACCCCUAUGGACAUGCCCGUGGACUUGACUGAAGGGCUAGGCAUUACCAUGCCAAAGGCAACUUCUCUUGAAGUUAUCUUAACCCCAAGGUUGUCCUUUGAAUUCUAUGAAGAUAGGUAGUGAAUUGCGUUUGGUACUUUGCUAGUUUAUGAGAUUAGGAAAUAAAGUAAUUGUCUUUCCUUCCUUUUUCUUUUUAUUAAUGAGAGGUUAGUGAGGAUUUGAAUAUUUAUACAUAGAUACAUGCAUCACUAGUAAUUUAUGAAUGUAUAUUAUUUAAGGAACAAAAUGCUCAUUAUCAAUUGA